GUCACACUCACCGCUUCUAUCUGGGCGCGGCAGCACCUUAAAUACAGUAGCUGGCUCAUUUCACUUCUGUUUCAAACACACCGAGUUCCACUAACAGCAGACUAAUUCCUGAGUGGUGAGCUCAGUAGAAAGUCGACGUGAAGUUUGUCGUCCGCCAGAGUGAGGAGGACAGGUCAGUGUGGGAGUGCAGCCCAGUGCACUAGUGUAUGAACAGUGUUUGGAGGGAUAACUGAUACAAACUUCAAAGGUUUUCACUCCAUGGAGGCCAUAGCCAUAUGUGAGUUUAACGGGACGGGAGAUGAUGAACUGAGUUUCAAGCUCGGACAACAAUUAAAGAUUAUGACUGAGACUUCUGACCCAAACUGGUACAAAGCAGAGCUGAACGGGAGGGAAGGCCUUAUUCCCAGGAACUAUGUCACAGUGAAACCACACAAGUGGUUUUAUGGGAAGAUUCGUCGAGCCGAAGCUGAAGAACUGCUGAGCAAACAGAGAGUGGAUGGAGCCUUUCUCAUCCGGGAGAGUGAGAGCACUGUGGGGGAUUUCACGCUUUCUGUCAAGACCGGCAAUGACGUCCAGCACUUCAAGGUCCUGCGUGACGGCUCGGGGAAGUAUUUCCUCUGGGUGGUUAAGUUCAACUCGCUAAACCAGCUGGUGGAGUAUCACUACACCAGCUCAGUGUCCCGCAGCCAGACGAUCAUGCUCCGUGACAUGGAGGAGAUCCAACCACAGCAGAGCACGUAACUCUCACACCGACUGGUGGAAAGGAACACGCAACGGACAGACAGGCACUUUUCCCCCCCGCAAUUAUGUGAACCCAGUCAAAUAUCAAAAGUAACCUUACCUGAUGAAACGAAAAGCAAAAGAAAGAUGUCUUGAACAUCGGGCACGGACAACGCAUACCAAGCUUCAACUUCACUGAAGAAGCAGAACGCCGCCACCUGUUCUGCUUCAAAACGAAGAAAAGAAAGAAGAAGAAGAAGAAGAACUGCAGGGACAGAUGAAGGACACAGCUGAGCUGAGUGGACGAGCUGCACGGAUUGAAUAUGUAGCAAAGAGAGUUAGGCCUUGGGUUUUGUGUGGAUUAAUCAUUGAAUUUGGUGGCAGUAACAAUACUUUCUUCUACUGAUGCACUAUUUUGUGUUUUGUCACCUUUAAAACAACCUGCCAGUGAGUCAUGUCUGCUAAAAACAGACCAAUGACGAGUUGAGGAGACCAAAGACUAAUGUGUUUAUCAUGAACCCUCCUUUGGGAUGCUGGAUAAGAGUUUUAUUAUUAUUAUUAUUAUUAUUAUUAUUAUUAUGUAAUGUAUGGGGUGUUUAAUUUUAAUAGUGGGAUCCUUGAUGGUUGUUUUGUAUGUUGAGAAUCCGUCUGAUUAUUUUCAGCAACUUGUUGAGCAGGAAAAACUCAGUAGGCAGUUUGAUUUUAAAUCUCAUUUGUAAAAAAAACAAAUCAGCAGAGCAAUUUAUAUUCAUAUCUUCAGUAAAAAGAACAUUUUUCUUUUCAUAUUUUCUCUUUCAAAUAUUUGUCGAGCACAACUUUUGUUCUUGUGCGUGUGAAAUCUUACUGGAUGCGUUCGCUCCUCGUUUACAUAUCUCAUUAUUUGCCAAAAGGCAAAUCACAUCCCUUGAAAAAAACCCUUGUUUAUAAUUGCUUUUUUGAGAUAUGAAAUGUUGCAAUCUUCAGGGAGAAUUUGAAUUGAUUUAAUAAGUUGAAUUCAUAAAUAAUCAUGCAGGGCUCAUUUUCACUAUUUUUUUUUAUAAUCCCACUUUUUCUCUGCUGCAAAUAGUUACUUGUAAGAAUGAAUGUGUUUUGUUGUAAUGAUGAUUAACUGUGUGUUGCUCUACAGAAUUACUUGACAAACGCUUGCAUGUGAAUUUUAUUUUGUAGUGUACAUUGUGGUGUGUGUGAGGAGAAAGGGCUUCUUAAUUUUUACUAACAUACACAUUCAUGUUUUAUACUUUCCAAUAAUUUCAACAAAAGCAAAGUGUCUGACUUCAUGUUCCCACGAGGAAUGGUACUGCAGACUGCGAGGAUAUUGUUUCAUAACGCCAUGCUGAGUCAAGGGAAAGACUGACAGGGAGGAGAGAGGGAGAUCUACAUUUGAAGUCAUCAUUUUUCUCUGUCACAGUGUUGAGGCAAUUAGCUAUGACAUCAUAACCUGUCAAUUGCUUAACCAACUUCAAAAGCAACAAGUGCAAAUGUCACUAUUGUCUGGCCUCUGUCAGAACCGGCAGUCUCUUAGAUCUUUUCAAAACAAGUCAUGAGAUGAAAUAAUGUUUUCUAGGGAGAUUCAGUAAUACACAUGAUCAAGUCUCAUUUUAUUCCCUGUCAAUCGUCUGCACAGAUAUCCUGAGAUCUAUAGAGCGGGUAUGGAUGUGUAUGAACAGUAAAAUACAAUGUUUUGCAGUUUAAAAUUUGGGUUGUAUGUGAAAUGUCAAGUCGAAAGCAAUAAAAUGUGUUUGA